AUGGGCAGAUCAUCAGAGGCUGUGUUUCUCUUGUUUUCGUUGCUCUUCAUGGCAGCCAUCAACCGGAGUUUCAGCACUGCCGACUUGGUUUGCAGCACCACAGAGAGAAAAGCUCUUCUUAACCUGAAAAAGGGUUUCAAAGAUCCUUCAAAUUGGCUCUCCUCUUGGGAUUCAAACAACAGAGAAGAUUGUUGUAGAUGGAAAGGAGUAGGCUGUGACAACAGAACUGGGCAUGUUGUUCAGCUCAAGCUUCGAGGCUCAAUCCUAAUAAGGUCACUGAGUGGUGAGAUAAACCAUCAUUUGCUAGAGCUGAAACACUUGAGGUAUUUGGAUCUAAGUGGUAACGAAUUUGAAGGAAAUCAAAUUCCAGAUUUCCUUGGUUCACUCCAGAAAUUGAGGUACCUUAACCUCUCCAACUCGGGUUUUGGCGGUGUGAUUCCUCCUCAGUUUGGAAACCUUUCUAGCUUGCGUUAUCUCGAUCUCAGAUUCUGUAAUGCAUUAAAUGUUGACAAUCUUCACUGGGUUUCUCGUCUUUCCAGUCUUCGAUACCUUGACAUGAACUCUGUGGAUCUUCGUCUGGCACACGAUUGGUUACAGGUAAUAAAUAUGCUUCCUCACUUAUCCCAACUAUAUCUGUCUUCCUGUCAACUCUCCAACAUUCCUCCACUCUCCAUUGUUAAUUUUACUUCUCUCGUCGUCCUCGAUCUUUCCUGGAAUAAAUUUGGUUCCACCAUACCAGAUUGGCUAUAUGACUUGACUAGUCUCGAACAUCUCAUCCUUGACUUCAAUAAAUUUCAGGGUACACUUUCACCCAGAAUUGGUAACCUCACUUCACUCACAGAGGUGAGUAUUUAUGACAAUAGCCUUAAUGGCAGCAUCCCAAGUACGGUGGCAAAUCUUUGUAACUUACGAACUCUGAUAUUGUCCCUGAAUAGAUUCAGCGGGGAAAUAUUUAGGUUUCUGGGAAAUUCAUCUGGAUGCAUGUCGAACAGUCUAGAGUCACUACGCCUGGAGUGGAAUCAAUUGAAUGAAACUAUUCCAAAAAGCAUUGGAAACCUUUCAAGGUUAGAACUCUUAGACAUCUCUGGGAAUCCCCUCCAGGGUAUUGUCUCAGAAAAUCAUUUUGCCAGACUCAUCAGAUUAAAAAUUUUGAAAGCAUCUUCAGUGCCGUUGUCAUUGAACGUGAGCACCAGUUGGGUUCCACCUUUCCAACUCUUCAACAUAGAGGUUGGAUCUUGGAAACUAGGGCCCCAGUUCCCUGCAUGGCUUCAAACACAGAAGGAUUUCAGUAGGUUAAACUUGUCCAAUACAGGAAUUUCAGAUACCAUUCCUAAUUGGUUUUGGAAAUUGUCUUCUCAGAUAUUCUUUGUAGACCUGUCUCACAACCAAAUCCAUGGUAGCUUUCCAGGAUUGUCGAGAAUACAAGCUGAUAGUGCAGCAAUAUAUUUAGGCCACAAUCGCUUUACUGGACUACUACCCCGUUUCACUUCUGGUGUAGUUGAACUCGACCUUUCCAACAACUUGUUUUCUGGGUCUAUCACCCAUUUCCUUUGUGAUCAGUUCAGUGAACCAAAUUUACUGGAAUAUCUUGAUCUCUCAAACAAUCUUCUGUCAGGAGAGAUUCCAGAUUGUUGGAUGAACUGGCAAUCGCUGAAUGUGCUGAAUCUGGGGUACAACAACCUAAGUGGGAACCUUCCAAAAUCCCUUGGUUCUCUAACCGAGCUCCAGUCAUUGCACUUGCGUAACAAUGGGUUGAUUGGAGAGUUACCUUCAUCACUGCAGAAUUGCACAGAACUGUUGUUUAUCAACAUUGGCCAGAAUGAAUUCUUUGGAAGGAUACCAGUGUGGAUAGGACAAAGCCUACCAAAAUUGAUGGUCCUUAGCCUACGCUCAAAUAAGUUCAAUGGUAGCAUACCGCUUGAAAUUUGCCAUCUCAGUGGUCUUCAAAUCAUGGACCUUUCGCAUAACAAGUUGUCAGGAUCCAUACCUCAGUGUUUUAACAACUUCAGUGCCAUGGCUUCUGAUCAAAAGUCAAGUGGCUAUAUUGGUUAUGUAAGCAGUUUUCUGGACUUCAUAGAAACAGCAUCGUUGGUGAUGAAAGGAAUGGAACUUUAUUAUAGUAAAACCCUCACCCUUGUAACAAGCAUGGACCUCUCAGACAACAGUUUAUCUGGUGUGAUCCCUGAAGAUUUGACAAGACUUUUAGGGUUAAGGUCCCUCAAUCUUUCACUAAACCAUUUGGUUGGAAGGAUCCCACAGAAGAUUGGUGAAAUGGAAUUUUUGGAAUCCCUCGACUUUUCAUCAAACCAACUUUCUGGUGUUAUUCCUCAGAGCUUGUCCAAUUUGACCUUCCUGAGUCACUUGAACUUGUCAAAUAAUAAUUUGUCAGGAAGAAUUCCAUCUGGCACACAAAUUCAAGGUUUUACUGCAUCCAGUUUUCUUGGUAACAAAGGACUCUGUGGAUCUCCACUCACAAAAGGCUGCACUGGAGAUGAUAUGUCCCAAAUUCCAACGGGUGGUGGUGGAGCUGAAGGAGAUAAAGAUGACAAUGGAGUAGGAGUGGCUGCAGAUACUUUUUUCAUUGCCAUGGUUUUGGGGUUUGUGAUGGGUUUUUGGGGAGUCUUCGGUCCUAUUUUAUUCAUCAAGUCAUUGAGGUUUACAUUCUUCCGAUUCUUGGAUAGAGUGAAACAAAAUAUUCAUGGUGGUAUGAUCAGAUGUUGA